GUUUGAGCUGCUAGGAACCAGCUGGCUAAUUCAGCUAGCUAACAGCUAAAGUUGCUACAGCUGCGCAGUUUCGUUUCACAGAAAACACCGAGAGCACCCACACUGACACGAACCACUCUGUUUACUUUAGCUGGGUUGUUUUCCUGCAAUAGUAGUUCUUGGGGAGUGGUAUGGACCGACUUUAACUUAACUUUGAUAGCUGAAUGCUGCUAACUACUACACACCCACAGAGGUAACUUCGUAUCUGCAGUGGCUUUUCCUUUCAGAUAGCCAUAAUGAAGAGAAGAGCCGAAGCACCGCUCACAGUGGUGCAGGGGACGAAGAGGGUUUGUGAGGAGAGCAGCUCAGAUGAGGAGUCUCAAUUAUCCAGACAAGACUCCAGCCAAAAUGAUUCCCUCAGUGACCAGGACGAUCAGAGGCCAGGGUUUUCCAUGCCCUCCAUUUCAUCCUGCGAUGACCAAGACACUGACCCCACACAGGCCGCCUCCAAUUUCUCUAUGUACAACAGUGUGUCACAGAAGCUCAUGGCCAAGAUGGGCUUCCGCGAGGGUGAAGGACUGGGGAAGUUUGGCCAGGGACGCAAAGAGAUUGUGGAGGCCUCUAACCAGCGAGGGAGAAGGGGUCUUGGUCUCACUCUGCAGGGCUUCCAGGGGGAGCUCAAUGUUGACUGGCGCGAUGAACCAGAGCCCACUGCCGCACAGAAGGUAGACUGGUUCCCAGAAUGCACCACAGAGACACCCGAUUCAGAUGAGCUGAGGGACUGGAUGAAAGUUGGAGAGAGAAAACUUAAGAUUGAGGAUGAGACAGAGUUUUGCACCGAAGACCUCCUACACACUUUAUUAAGGUGCAAGACUGUGUUUGACAACCUGGAAGGUGAGGAGAUGAGGAGAGCGCGGACACGUUCCAACCCGUACGAGACCAUCAGAGGAGGUAUUUUCCUCAACAGAGCAGCGAUGAAGAUGUCCAACAUCGACCAUUGCUUCGACCAAAUGUUCACCAACCCAAAGGACUCACAAGGGAGACCUCUGACGAAGGACCGCGAGGGGGAACUGCUGUACUUCGGCGACGUCUGCGCGGGGCCCGGCGGCUUCUCGGAGUACAUCCUGUGGCGGAGGCGUUGGCAUGCCAAAGGGUUCGGCAUGACGCUGAAAGGGCCCUGUGACUUCAAGCUGGAAGAUUUCUUUGCGGCGCCGAGUGAGCUGUUUGAGCCUUACUACGGUGAGGGAGGGGUGGACGGGGAUGGAGACAUCACGCGGCCCGAAAACAUCACCGCCUUCCGAAACUUUGUCCAGGAGAGUACAGAAAGGCGAGGACUGCACAUCCUCAUGGCGGACGGGGGGUUCUCUGUGGAAGGCCAGGAAAACAUCCAGGAGAUCCUGAGCAAACAGCUGCUGCUCUGUCAGUUCCUCACGGCCCUUUCUUCCCUCAGGACAGGUGGUCACUUUGUCUGUAAGACGUUUGACCUCUUCACUCCCUUCAGUGUGGGUUGUGUGUACCUGCUCUACCUCUGCUUCGAAAGAAUCUCUCUCUUCAAGCCCGUCACCAGCAGGCCGGCCAACUCUGAGAGGUACGUGGUGUGUCGCGGACUGAAGCCCGGCUCAGAAGCCGUCAGGGAGUACAUGUUCAGAGUCAACCUGAAACUGAACCAGCUGAGGAACACAGACCGCGACGUCACCGACGUGGUUCCCCUGAGCAUCAUCAAGGAAGACCUCGACUUCUACCAGUUUAUGGUCAACUCCAACGAGAGCCUGUGUGUUGUCCAGAUCAAAGCCUUGGCUAAGAUCCACGCCUUUGUCGUAGACCCAACCCUGAUGGAAGCAAAGCAAGCAGACAUCAGAAAGGAGUGUCUGAAACUGUGGGGGGUCCCGGACAUGGCCAGGGUCACGCCGGCCUCCUCAGACCCAAAGUCCAAAUUCCACAAACUGAUUAAGAACUCCGACGUGGAGUCGUUCCAGUGCAAGCUCACACCUCUUAACUCCACUACACUCGAGAAGCUGCGCCAUAUCAUGGACCACAGGUGCAUUGUGGGAGGCGGGGAGCAGAUCUUCCUUUUAUCUCUCGGGAAGUCUCAGAUAUACACGUGGGAUGGGAAGAUGCCUCCGCGCUGGAAGAAACUGGAAAGUUUCAAGCUCGAGCUGCCUAGAGACACACUUCUAAGUGUGGAGAUUGUCCAAGAGCUGAAAGGCGAGGGCAAAGCCCAGCGUAGAAUCAACGCGGUUCACGUAAUGGAUGCACUGGUGCUGAAUGGCACCGACGUAAGAGAUCAGCACUUCAACCAACGGAUCCAGAUGGCGGAGAAGUUUGUGAAGGCAGUGGCCAAACCCAGCAGACCAGACAUGAACCCCAUCAGAGUGAAGGAGGUCUACAGGCUGGAAGAAAUGGAGAAAAUCUUUGUCAGGCUCGAGAUGAAAGUGACAAAGAGCUCUGGAGGAGUCCCACGUCUGUCCUACACCGGCCGAGAUGACCGACACUUCCUCCCCACCGGCCUUUACGUCAUUAAGACAGUUAAUGAGCCGUGGACGAUGGCAUACAGUAAGAACUCUAAGAUGAAGUUCUUCUAUAAUAAGACCACAAAGACCUCCACCUAUGAAAUGCCGCCCAACUCUGCUGCCCCCUUCAAUGUUUGCCACUCGGAGCGGCUCUUCUGGGCCUGGGUGGAUGGGGUCAUAGUUCAUGAUUCUCAGACACGGAUGGACCAUGAGAAACUGUCCAAAGAUGAUGUUUUGUCCUUCGUCCACCAGAAUUACCAGCAGUGAACCGCUCACAGAGCCCACGGCUUCCAUCAGCUGCAACCUACACGAAUAAUUCACUACAUUGUGGAGGAUUUAGAGGCUCAGAAAAGGUUAUCAUACAGUGCAUUAAUUGAUAUCUAGUAAAAGAGGGAUCUAUAAAAUAACGCUUAAUUAAUACAUCUAUCAAAACAUAGGUCAGGACUGUCAUAAAAGUUCAGCUUUUAUUGAUCCCUGUUUUUUAUAAUCCACCUAAAUAUCAAUUACGAAACUGUUUAUAACUAAGGCUCUCAUGUGGCUUAGAGAGGUUGUAACUGGAGUUAUGGAGCUCAACGGAUGAGCUGUUUGUUGCUAUUUCCAGUGGGAACAUUUGGACUUUUCAUGAACCACUUUCUGCUCUUUCCGCCCUCCUCGGCUCUACGGAUUGUAAAGAACCGCUUUCUCCUCAGAACAAUACGGCGACAAAAGCCGCUGCCGUCGUGCCCGCGUAGGAUUGCAUGUCCCCUUACAGCUCCGCCCGCCGCAUCCGCCCUUUGGACGAUGCUAGAAAGAGAGACGCGUUUUAAACUAUGCAGCCAUAUAUGUAAACACAGUCUCACUUGCCUUGCUCUACAAGCGCGUGCCGCAGAAGCGUGAAUACAACAAACAUGUUAUUCACGUUUUGAUUUAUCCCCACCAUCGCUUCAACAUUAAUUUCGGUUACAGGUGUAGAAGGUUUUUUUUCCACUCAUAAAUUAUCUAGUUUGUGUGCGUGCGUGCGUGUGUGCGUGCGUGUGUGUGUGUGUGUGUUGCACAUCUGGAAGGUGUCCUGGUUUUAGGUUGUUUUUACUCCUCUUUGUGGUCUCACCUCAUAACAUCUUGACUGUGGUUUUCUUAAACUCUGCCAAUUGCUUAUUUGUUUUUGUAAAGUUAUCAAUCCUUUAUGAUGUAAAUAAUUCAAAUGUAGUAAAUAAAUGGGAGAUGUUCUUCCCAGAAAUAAC